UCCUGGGGAAGAACUGCAAGGCCGUGAACACGACGAUCCUGAAUCCUCACGUACACCUCCUGGGGGAGGACGCCGCGUGCAUCGCGUACGUCAGGCUCACGCAAUACAUGGACAAACAAGGCGUAGCGCACACUCAGCAGAGCGAGGAGAGCCGCGUGUGGCACAAGAGGGACAACAAAUGGCAGAACGUGCAUUUCCACCGAAGCGCGGUGACGGGUCCGUCGCCGUUCUCCUUCAAUCACAAGUAAAUCGGCCGUGAGCGAGGAAAGGGAGGAAGCAGAAGAGAUGAAGGGCCGAUGUGUCGGUGAACGCUCGUCGCCUCGACGCGUGAAACCAAUCAGAGCCGUGCAAGAACGCGAGAGCGAUGUCAACACCCGCGUGCAAUAGAAACGAGCACAAACACUCGCACAGAGACAGACAAACUGACAUCUCGUUCGGAUAAAUAGAUAAAUGUGGAACGAACGCAACUAUUGCACGGAGGAGGAAGAUCAGACCUGGAAGGAAUCGAAUCAGACGCUUUAGGUCCACCUAGAGGUCAAUCUUUAGGUCAACUUUGAGGUCAGUCUUUAAGCUAGCGAUUAACCAAAGAAUUACUCGACCACAUUCUUCUCAAACGUGUGGAAUCACAUUCCCCUUGAUCCAGGUGUCUCCCUCCCCGCGCAAUGCGUAUAUUUAUUUAUUUAUUCCUCGAUACACGCACGCACACGCGUACACUCGAGCAACGAGCGACUCUCUGUCUCUGUUCGCAACAUCCGAGGCCCACGUCGUCGACAAUCUCAAGAGAAGAAAGAAGAAAGAAGAAAGUUGCAAGGAAAGGAAAAUGAAGAUACUGGUAGUAAGAGAAAUCAGAAAUCCUGACUCUGUUCCUAUGACUUAAACCCGAGGAGCAGCCUCGACUGCCAUUAAACGGAGUUUGUGGGAGAAUAAACGCAAAGGCACGAAGAAAUACUAGAAGAAAUCGAAAGGAUUCUUUUCGCGAGAUUCGAAUCUGAGCAGCCUCGACGUUGUCAUCGACACCCACGAAAAGAGGAGAGUAAAAUAGAAAUGUUUUAAGACACUGCUAGGAUGUAAUCAGAAUUUAUCAGAAUUCCUGUCUCUGGGAACAGCCUCGACGCUGCCAUUGAUUGUCACAAGAAGAGAAAUCCUGCAGCAACAUGGAAGAAUAUAGAACGAAAAUGAAGAAGAGAUCUAGAAGAGAAGAAUCAGAAUUUCUGACUCUGUUCCUAACUUCUGACUACCACAAGUAGAAGACGAUUACAGCAGUAAGGCCGAACGAAUUCGCCUUCGAAGACCACGCUGAAGAGGUUCAAGAUGAGUCGAUGCUGGGCAUCGACGAAGAGAUGAGCGUCGAAGAGGGAAGACGGUUGUGCCAGUUGAAGAGAAAGAAGAAAAACCUCCACGUACGAAAGGGUCGAGCGGGCGUCGCGGCCGUAGACGGCCGUGCAUCGAUAAAAAUGGCGCCGACACGUCGGCAUCCACGUAUAAUUUAGUUCGUACGAUAGUCGCUGUACAGAACAAUCUUCCAUGUAACUCUUUUUUCUUCUAAUUUUCGUUCUCGUCUCUCGCAACGACGAUACCGAGAGCAAUCCAUGUAUAUCCGCAUGCGCGCUCACACGUACACACAUAUACUGGUAUACAGUUUCAGACACACACACGUAACUCCUACUAGACGUACACGUAUGAUAUUCCAGGAGUUCUGAACGAAUAGGCGGGAUCGUGAGUGGGUCGAAAACGGAAGCUUUUCGACACAUGCUGAACAGAUGGAAAGGAUUGCGGCUGGGUGGAGUUCAGGGAAAAUCUGAACUUUAGGACGAGGUUCGCUAUCAUGAGUAUAGGGUUAUUUUUUCUUUCAGUAUUGGAGUA